CGAGCUCAAUGAAUCUGCUCAGGAGAGUCGUGCAAAUGCUGAGAUGCACAGACUCCUCGCCCAGAAGUUCCUCAGGUUGCCAUGGAAACCAGAGUAUAAAGGUCAGGCCAAUCUGCAUGUGUUUGAAGACUGGUGUGGUUCAUCUAUCUCCCAGCUCAGGAAGAAUCUUCAUUUUCCUCUCUACCCACAUACCAGGACCACAGUGAAGAAAAUUGCAGUAGCUCCAAAGUGGAAGAAUUAUGGCCUUAGAGUCUUCGGAUUCCUUCAUCCUUACAAAGAUGGGGAUUUCCAGUUCGCCAUAGCAUCGGAUGAUAACUCUGAACUGUGGCUAAGCUCAGAUGAGAGUCCACUCAAUGCCCGGCUCCUGGUGUAUGUGGGACAGCGCGGCUCAGAGUGGACAGCUCCAGGAGAGUUCAGCAAGUUCAGAUCCCAAACUUCCAAACCUGUGCGUCUUAUUUCCUCGCGUCGAUACUACUUUGAGGUUUUGCACAAGCAAGAUGACAGAGGGUCAGACCAUGUGGAGGUGGGGUGGAGACCUUUCCUUCCUGGGGUGAAGUAUGAUGUCAUUGAAUCAGCUUAUAUAUCGUUGUAUACAGAUGAAUCCAGUCUGAAGAUGAACAGUGUUUGUCACAUCCCACAGACACUGGCCAGUCACUCUCUCGCUCUACAGGAUAAGCACCGGUCAGAGACACAUUCUGCAGACAUGCUCAAACCAGAUCCACGAGACACCUUCUACAAGAUUCCCAUGAUAGAUCGGUCCAGGCUGGAGAAUGUUCUGCCAUCUUGUGUCUACUCUCCUACGUAUGUGGUGAAGGACUUCCCUAUCGCACGCUAUCAAGGCCUGCAGUUUGUCUACCUUUCCUAUGUAUAUCCCAAUGACUUCACCAGACUUACCCAUAUGGAGAAAAAGAACAAAUGCUUCUAUCGAGAGUCCCCUGUCUACUUAGAAAAAUUUGGCUUCUAUAAGUACAUGAAGAUGGAUGAGGAGGAUGAUGACCAGCCUGUUUUCUUCCCCAAACCUGAUGAUUUCCUGGAGGAGGAAGAAGGUGUCGACCUAGAGGAGACAAUCAACUCCAGCAACCGGCCAGUCAGGAGGACCAGUCUACCCUAUCAGACGUCAAGGAUUACAGCCUCCUCAAAGCCUGAUAGAUUAGACACGGGUUCAAAGAGCCAGGUCUUACAGCAAGAGAGGCAAUACAAUCAGUUAAAAGAGCAAGAAAGGAGUCAAAAAACUAUAGGGGAGAGGUUUUAUAAACACUCUCUGGUGGUGGAUGAUGAAAUGACAGAAAUAAGGCAAAGAAAGGCAAAGGGUAGUGCAGGUGCAUUAGAGUCUCAAAGUGGGUCUCUAAAUGAACAGACGGAAGCGAGCGAGGAGAACGGGGACUCCCAAAAACCUGCACUGGUUCAGAAAGGCCGUUUUUUAACAUGGCAACUCCCUGACACAGGACUGCCAAACAAAAGUAAACUUAGAGAAACUGCUAGUCCUCCUGUGAAGGGAAGAUCCCCCUUUAAGCUUCCUCAAAAGUCCCCUCUCUAUGUUUUGGCUAAUAGGAUUUUAGGUAGCGCAGGCAAGCCUGUGUUUGGGACCAGUGUGGAGAAAGAGACUAAUACCAACAAAAUUUACAUCACUAGACCCCGUCCACCAGUAAGCAGACCAAAGCCUCCUGUGGAAGUGUUUCCUGGCGUCUUCCUUUAUCAAUCUAGAAAGACCAAGAGGCUUGUGGAUUUAAGUUCAAAAUGGAGGUCUUUACAAACCCAAGCCGCUGCUUCUCUACCAUGGCCGGACUUCUCCUUAAUGGGGCAUAAGACUUCCACCCAAACUGCCUUGUUAAAGCACAGCCAUCCCUCCUUGCCUACAGAGCCUAGGCCUCAUAAUAAGGGUGACCCUACCCCCUUCAUAUCAGAUCCAGACAGCUUGCCCCCAUCAAGCUCAGAAAAGAGAGGCCACCCUGGGCUAAACUCGUCUGAGAACAGCCGGCCUCCGGAGAUGCAGUCAACAAAGAUCUCGGAAAUGCCUGAGGGAUCGCACAUGGCUCCUCAGAGCAGGGGUCUUGAAGAAGGAGAAAUGUCCGAGUACAGUUAUGAGGAGGCCCAAGUGAGGCCGAGUUUGAAAGAGGAGGCCAUCAACUGGCAGCGCACCUUCAGCGUGAAUCCUGUGGACUUUGAGGUGCUGAGGUCGGACUGGAACGACCUGAGGUGUAACAUCUCGGGAAAUCUGCAGCUCGCCGAGAACGAGGUCGUUGAUGUGAUCUCACAGUACAUGGAGAGGCUGAACGAGCGGAAUGGAGGGAUCUACACUCUGGUCCGAAUUGUAAAUGUAGAGAAGCGGAGAGAUUCAGCCAGGGGCAACCGUUAUUUGGUGGAACUAUUGUUGAUGGAGGGAGGAAAAAGAGUGGUGCGCCUGUCUGACUACAUCUAUCUGCUGUUGCACCGCAGUCGACAUGAGGAUGGAAUUGAGAGCAGAGAGGGAACUAUGCCCUCGUCUCACCAUAGACCCUCCAAAAAACCUCUACCCAGCGGCUCCAGUACCCAAACACACAACACCACAGUCUGGAGCACCAGCUGGGCCAAACCCCUGCUCUGCCAGCCAGCCAUGUUAGAAUGGAGACAUGACGUGAUGGUACACUUUGUUGUACCAGUAAAGAAUCAGGCUCGCUGGGUGCAGCAGUUUAUCUCAGAUAUGGAGCUCCUGCACCGUGAGACUAAGGAUGAGAAUUUCAGCGUGAUCAUCGUAGACUUCCAGAGCGAUGACAUGGAUGUGGAGCAGGCACUGAAAGAGAGCACUGUGCCCAGGUAUGAGUAUCUGAGACGUGAAGGGAACUUCGAGAGAUCGUCUGGUUUACAGAUGGGUGUGAACAACAUAAAGGAAAGUCACAGCAUAGUGUUCCUGUGUGACCUGCACAUCCACUUCCCUCACAAUAUCCUGGAGACCAUUAGGAAACACUGUGUGGAAGGCAGAUUGGCUUUCGCACCCAUCGUCAUGAGACUGGACUGUGGGAGCUCACCUCUGGAGCCUGAUGGCUUUUGGGAAGUGAAUGGUUUUGGCUUGUUUGGAAUUUAUAAAUCUGAUUUUGAUCAAAUUGGUGGGAUGAACACAGAGGAGUUUAAAGACCGCUGGGGAGGAGAAGACUGGGAGUUGCUAGACAGGGUUCUGCAGAACGGACUAGAGGUAGAAAGACUGCGACUGAGGAACUUUUAUCAUUAUUUCCACUCCAAGCGGGGCAUGUGGAACAUUCCUAUUAAAAGACCAUCUCAAGGAUAAGAGGAGAGCACAGAGGACCCUGCUGUUGUUUCUGGCUGGCUGGCUGUGUGUGUGUAGUGGUAAUUUCUGCCCCAGAUGACACUCUUACAUUGGAACAUGGGCCUGCCACACUGUAAUUGACAUGAGCAUUGGACUUUGAU